UAUCCUGCUGAUUAUUCAAAUCAGCAGGAUAGCAGGAUUCCUUUUAGUUUGAGAAAACUACUAAUGCAUGAAAAGUGUAUAAGUACAUUACAUGAUAUAUCAUUUUGUUUACAGUGGUUUUAUAAAGUUUACCUUUGAUAUUUUAACAUGCCAUUUCCCCAAACAAACGACAAAACCAUCCAACAAAUAAGGUAGAAUUGAACAAUUAUCUAAGAAAUAGGCUACGUUAGCCUAUUUAUAAAAGGUAAUAUUAUGUAUACUGUUAAAAAUGCUUUAUUCUGCUACUUAUUUCUGGGGUUGCAGUCACAUAUUAGUUAGUCCCAUUACUAACAUAACACAUCACUGUAAAGCCACUACUAUUUGCGGUUACUAGUAUCGUAAGAUAUCUAGUGACUUUCCAGAUUUGAUCACAUUUAAAUACUCACAAUUACAAUGUCAGUCACAAUUACUGACAUUUAAAACGGCGAGUCGCUCGUUACUACAGGCAUGUGAAACAGCCGACAACAACACCAGAUAAAAGUUCACUGACAUUUAUUCGGCAGGCCAGGCAGGAAAUACAGACAUUACAUGACAUACGAGUUAAAUGACAAGAAUAUAGCAGUGAUUUGUAGUCUUUGUGCAGGAAGGAAAAAUUAACGUAAAAAGACCAAAGCACCGAGCUAAACCAACAACACCCAUCUUGAUAGCCUAACCCUGCAGACCUGAGACCCAGGGGCAGUUCAGCUCAUGUUGGUGCAUGCUUGGCAGACCGAGGAUGAUCCACUCCAUACAAACCGCUGACUUGAUUUAAAAUACAGCCUGCUACGCGAUCUGUAAGGCAGAGUAGUAGACUGAUAGAUAGAUAUGUUGUCGGCGACGUGUUUCACAUCAACUGUUGAGUCUGUUGUCUUCAGAGAUCUAAUUGGUAAAAUACCUACAAAUUGAAAAUAACUUCUUUUUUUUUUUUUUUUUUUAAAUGUGCGAGUUUUCCCACCACAAUUUUGUCACCAGCAGCACUAAAUAAUAUGAACAUUAAUAUAAGGACUGAAGCAAAAAAGGAAUUUACUUUUGUAGUGGUAUAGUAAGCAGUAACUCAGUAAGUAACUCGGAUACUUUUUAAUAGUUUUUAAAAGUAGAAACUCGUAACUGUAUCUAGUUACUCAUUUUCAUUUUCAUUAACCUGCCCGACACUGCCCAUCAUACACACGGCUUGUCCUGCCCUGACUCCUCCCUUAUCUCUAUACCUGUUUGUGUGUGAUCUUUUGACAAUACGCAGCAGUUAGUGUUUAAAGUUGCCUAAAUAAUGCAAGACUUGAAAUAUAGCUCUCGGGUCUGUUAUGAUCUGCUUGUUGGUGAGCCUUGUUAAUGUCAUGCAGCUUAAAAACUAAAAAAACAGGGCACGUGUCAGACACUAUGGCUGUUUUCGAAACUGCGUACUACAUACUAAUAUCUAAAUCAGUAUGCAGUAUAUACUGUAUACUGCAUACUGCGUUCAACAGUAGUAUGUAGUAUGACUGCCAGUCAUCGGUUAUUUUGCAGUAUGCUUGGCCCGGUUAAACUGUUUUCCAGUCCUGGAAUGCGGAAGUAAACAACGGCCCAUCUGGAGGUAAACGCCGCUACGGUGUUGUGAAAUAACCUGACAAGUGCUUAAUUUUGAUUGUUCUUAUUUUACAUGGGACAAAAACAUUUACGUGUGACAUCGGGUCUAAGUUAAUUCAGCGUUAUUUGAUUGUCAUCAGGGCGCAGUAAAUGUAACAGAGACGGAUCUCAUUCAUCUUGCGAAGGCUACGUUCCAUCAUUCUUGUAAUUCUGCUUUAAUGAAAUUGGGUGCCUUUUCAUCAACUUGUUAAUUGGUAGUAUGUUUUUUUACUCUGACUUUGAUUAUCAACCAUGUAACAAAAUAAUUAACAUAAUUAAAAUAAAACAGUCAACAGUCUCUCAUAUCUUAUGUCAUUUAUAGGCUACAUAACACCCGUGGUUGAAAUAUGAUUAGCAUGCUAUUAUUUGUGGUAAUUUAUUUCAUUACAUUAUGAAGUAUACUAUUAACAUUGUAGUAUACUUUUCAAGCAUUCAGGUUUAACUUUUACACAGCUGUGAAUAAUAUGUAAUAAGAGAGCAAGCCAAGGACCCUGUAAUUGCAGCAGCUUGUCCACAUGUGGCACAUGCAUCGGACAGUCGAAAAAGCAGGAACAUCCGAGGUGGUAAGACACAUAAAUAUCAGAAAAUGUCAUAUUUGUCAUUGGUUCAUGCACACAAUGUGGCAAGAAGAAGAAGACGACAAGCUGCCAACAGGAGAAACAUUCUGGCUAUCCAAUUACAAAAUGAAGACCAUGUAAGUAGGACACAUUAAAUAUUUGUAAGGGUAAACCGGGAUUAUGUAAGGAAGUUAAUGUAAGCUCCUCACCUCAAAUAUUGACGGUAUAUACUCAGAUAAGUCAAUAAAUACUAUUGUGUGACAAGUAUGUUUAUUAGUAACCACUUCAUUUCUUAACAUUGAAAUAAAUUCAAACAAUGAAUUUCACAGCAAAUUAACAAUAGUAUUAUAUCGGUAACCAAAAAACACUUCAUAAAUGGUUAAACACUUCUCACUUUGGAAAUACAAGUUCAGACAACUGAAACAUCUUGUCCCUACUCAGUGUGGACUGCGAGGACAAUACCUCCAAUUGAAUGGCCACAGCGCUAUUGUCCGCCUCUACCUGGGAGAUGGAGAACUAAAGAAAGACUUCCAUCUGUCAAGGCAGACAGUGAAGGCCUUGGUGGAGUGUCUGGGAUACACCAAGGACGAUGGCUGGAGACCUCGAAGUGGGGAUAUAUUUAUACUGGCUGGUCAGUGCCACCUCGUAUCGGGUGGUGUCAGGAGCCUUUGAUGUCCCCAUCACCACGGUUCAUGAUGUUGUUCAUCGAGUCGCUGGAAGUAUCAUCAGCAUCAUGAAGAGGGUGGUUCAUCUCCCUGCUGCUGAUGAGCUAGAGGGAAUAGGGGAAGGCUUUGCCCACUUGGCUGGCUCUCAUGUCUUCUGCAGAGUGGCUGGCAGCAUUGAUGAGACACACAUUAGAAUCAAGCCACCUGCAGCAAACAAAGAAGACUAUGUUAACAGGAAGCUCUUCUAUUCCAUUCAGCUGCAGGUGGUGUGUGAUCACAAAGGCCACUUCCUCAAUACAUAUACAGGACUUCUGGGCUCUGUCCACAAUGCCAGGGUCCUGUGGUGGAGUUCUCUAUAUGUAAACCGACUGUACCCCCCUCAUGGCUGGUGUAUUGUUGGGGAUGGGGGGUAUCCCUGCCUGGCUGCACCAAUCAGCCUGAUGACCCCAUUCAAGGAGCCGGUGCAAAACCCUGUUCAUGCAUGAUACAACCGGCAUCAUGCCAAAGCACGGUGUGUGGUGGAAAAGGCGAUUGGCAUGAUGAAGACGCGGUGGCGCAGCAUCUUCCUCAAGGCCCUGGAGAUCAAGCCAACCUUUGUUCCGGCAGUGGUGUCGACCUGUGCCUUCCUCCACAACCUCUCCAUCAACAAUGGGGAUUUGGUCGAGCCAGAGGUGGAGGAGGGGGCCUUCCAUGACCAGGGUGAUGACCACCCGAACCACCUUGAUGAUCAAAUGCCCGAGGAAAUAAUGAGGAACAGGCUGGCAGCAGAAGUUUCUGCACCUAUUGGGGUCAUCCAAGCCCUGGAGGACCAUACCUAUUAAUAUAUAUAUUUUCAUUUCCACUACUUGUAUUUAUGGCGAUUUAGGUUUUGUUUGUUCACUAAUAUAAUUUUUCAUGAGCAUGUUCACAUUGCAUUUUCUGUUAAUAAAAGUGCCUGUUUCACAUUU